AUUUAAAAUCUAAGGAAGCCGGUAGCUUAUCCUCUCUCUGGGCGCCAGAGCCCCACAUUUUAUCGAAAAUAGUCUCUGUUUUGGAAAUUCAAAAUUAUUUUCAGUAAAUGCAAGUCAUCAGAUACCAUUCAAGUACCCAGGGCCAGCAUCAUUCCCUUCAAAUCAGGAUCAGGAUCAAUAGCAAGGUAACCGGCCAUCCCUUCAUGUUCCACAACUACAGAGCAUCUGCCCUGCCACGAAAGGAUUAAGGAUUAAGAACGCUGCCAUCCUGCCACUAUGCCGCUCUUCACAAGAAAGUCCCCCAAACAGGGAACCACGGCGGAGGGAACUCCCCAGAUGGGCGCCCGCAUGAAUUCCGGUUCCUCCCAGGGUAAUCACAUUACCAAUAAUAAUAACAACCUUAAUGUUACGGAUAAAUCGAAGCCACCGCUGGUGUUCCACUGCCAGUUGGCCCAUGGCAGUCCCACCGGCCUUAUCCAUGACUUCUCCAGCGUCCGCGAGUUGUACCAAAAGAUUGCCGAAUGCUUUGACAUCUCCGAGAAGGAUAUUCUCUUCUGCACCCUCAACUCGCACAAGGUGGAUAUGGCCCGCCUCCUGGGUGGCCAGAUAGGCCUGGAUGACUUUAUCUUUGCCCAUCGCAAGGGUCGGCCCAAGGAGAUUGAGAUAGUAAAGUCGCAGGAUGCUCUUGGUCUGACGAUCACGGACAAUGGGGCCGGCUACGCCUUCAUCAAGCGCAUUAAGGAGGACUCGAUCAUUGAUCACAUCGAGCACAUCUGCGUUGGCGACCACAUCGAGAAGCUUAAUGGCCAGAAUAUGGUGGGCAAGCGACACUUUGAGGUGGCGCGCAUGCUCAAGGAUAUACCCACCGGCGAUACCUUCACCCUGCGUCUGGUGGAGCCAGUCAGGAGCGGCUUCCAGGGCAUCGGACCACGUAGCGGGUCGAGAGCCUCCGGCAGCGGAAUGCCCGGAGGACGAAAUUAUGGCAGUGGCAAGGAGACGCUGCGGUUCAAGGCCAACGGCAAUGCCCAGAUCGAGCCGCAGUUCGAUGAGGCAACCGUGGCCGGGAUAGAGGCCAUCAACAACCUGCUGGAGUCCUUCAUGGGCAUCAACGACACGGAACUGGCGUCGCAGAUCUGGGACCUGGGCGACCAAAAGUCCAACUCAAUGGACUUUGCCGAGGCCAUUGAUAACUCGGACCUAGAGUCCUUUGGCUUCACGGAUGACUUUAUCAUCGAGCUGUGGGGUGCCAUAACGGAUGCCCGACGCAAGUCGACUGUCAGCCCCAAGUAACCGGCGACCAUCCCGUCUUUUGCCCAGAGUUUCGGACUCAGAUACUUCACUUAGCCUGUCUAUUGGGGUCCAAUAAAGCGCCCAGAAAUGUGGACUGUCUUUAAGUAA